AUGAAAUAACCUGAAUAUAAAUGUACAGAAAAACUAUGGAAGCCUAUAGUUAGACCUCCAAGACAUAAUUACCGUUUAAAAGAUAUGGGCAAUGAAAUAUUUAUGGUUCAUGAUACUGUAGUUAAACGAGUAGACUUUGAAAUGAUAAAUAGUCGCGGACUAACUCUUCAGUGCAGGUAAUUUCAAUGAAAUUGCUUAGUUUAUUUGAGCCUGUUAGAAUUCAAGAUAAGAAUCAUUCCUGUAUGAUUUAUUUACAUGGGAACUCAAGUAGUAGAGUAGAAUCUCUAACAAUACUAGAAUAUUUACUUCCUUAAAACAUUUCAGUUUGUGGAAUUGAUUUGUCAGGUAAUCAAAUUAUUAAUUUUAGGUUCUGGUUAAUCUUAAGGAGAAUAUAUUUCAUUAGGAUUCUAUGAAUCAAGAGAUGUAAAUGAUCUCUAUAAUUAUUUACGUUCAAAUAAAGUAAGUUAACUUCAUUAUUAAAAGUUGCUUAGCCAUUUAUCACUUAAAUCGGUUUGUGGGGUAGAUCUAUGGGUUCAGUGACAGCUAUAAUAGCUGCUAGUUUGAAUUCUAAUUUCAAAAUGCUUGUUUGUGAUAGUCCCUUUUCAAAUUUGACUAAUUUAUGUUAGGAAUUGGCUUCUAAUACUUAUAACAUUCCAGGAUGCUGUUUCAAUUGCUUUUGGUGUUUCGUUAAAUCUAAAAUAAGAAAGGAGGCUAAAUUUAAUAUUGAUGAUCUUAAUAUCAUUCAAAUAAUACAAAGUUUUUAAAUAGAAUUAUUCUUUAGCCUUACCAACUGAUGUUGCUAUUGUAUUUCUAUCAGCUAAAGGUGAUACCCUCAUUAGAGAAAAACAUCCUAAAGCUUUAUCGGAAAAAUUUAGAGGAAUGAAGGAAUUCAUUUAGUUUGAAGGUACUCACAAUUCCAAAAGACCAAUUGAAGUUAUGAAAGAAACAGUCUAAUUUAUAGUUGCUUAAAUGGCAAAAUAUGAUUAGCAUACUAGUCAAAAAGAUAACAAAAUUUCAUUGAAUGGUAAAGAUUAGAUUCCAAUUACUGAUGUUGGAGUACCAUUACUAUAUUCUGAAAGACCUUACAUAUCUAAAACAGAAAAAUGA